GUUGACUUUGGUUCGCUUUUCAGACACUGAGGGUUUGCUACCAAUCAAUUCCAGCCUUGUGCUUAGUUAGAGGCUCAGAUUAAGACCAGGGGAAGCCGCUUUGCCGCGUUCAAAGAACGAUCCGUGGCCAAUCCAAUGUCAAUGUCCUCGACCCCGUACGGGUUUUCCACCUCUGCCAGACUCGCUGCUGAAUCCGUGUGCACGGAGCGGACGCAGAUGGCUUGCAGGCGACGGAUUCCUGUGUGGAUGCGAUGGCCCCGGUUUUGGGCCGUCGUCUUCGUGAUCUUGGCUAUUGUUGUCGUGAGCACCUACAACUUGACUGCGUCGGAGACAUCUGUGCGGAUUGCUACCAGGGCGUCUGUUGUGGACCUUGCAGAGACCUAUGCUGGAGAAAUCCGCCGUCAGAUUCGGACUUCGGUGAGUUCUGUCCAUGCGCUACACGCCAUGAUUCAGAUUGAUGAGGGAGGUAUCAUCAUGGAUAAUUUCGACGGUUUGGCUGCGACGCUGAUCAGCACUUAUGGGGGCAUCACCAAUUUGCAAUUGGCGCCCUUGGGGAAUCUGCAGCACAUCUACCCACUGGUGGAUGAGACGCAGGACAACCGGCCUGCCCUAGGGCUGAACCUGCUGCUGGAUCCUUUUAUGAGCCCGGCGGCCAUCCAAGCCAUCCUCCAGCGCAAGACCGUGGUGGUCGGGCCUUUGAAGCUGCUUCAAGGGGGCAUCGCCAUCAUCGCCCGCCGGCCCAUUUUCACCAGCUUCGCGCCCGCCGUGCUCCCGGACGCCUGGUUUGUCAAGGACGGGGUGAACUACACCCGGAACUGCUCCAACCCGGAGGAGCAGUACUGCAGCUUCCCGGGCCCAUCACAGGACGGGACGCCCACCUUCUUCUGGGGCUUCGCCACGAUGAUCGGGCGCGUGCAGGAGCUGAUCGCCCCCGUGGAGCUGCACCAGCUGGAACUUGGCACCGAGCGAGUGGCCGGGAUCAACAACUUCGCCUACGAGCUGGCAGACCGGCGCCCGCAGGCUCCCAGCGACUUCUACGCCCAGUCCUCCCAGACAGAGUCGCUGGCCAGGGCUGUAGAGGUGGAUGUCGAUGUGGAGGAGGCCGGCAUCACUUGGCGGCUCAAGGUCGCGCCUCUCAAUGGAUGGCCCACCGUGUCCUCCGACUUUUGGCUGCGAGUCUUGGUGAUUCUUCCGGUGACUGCUCUGCUGGGUGUGGGCCUGGGCCUGAACAUGAUCAUGGCCAUGCGCCGGAAGGCCCAGCAACUGGCGAAGCUCGAGGACUACCGGCACGAGGUGAUCUCCAAGACGAUCCUGGCGUCGGUGACCAACAUGAACCUGCUGCAGUUCCCCAUGUGCCUCUUGGGGCUGCAGGACUUCCUGAGCCUGGGGCAGCUGAUCAGCUACGAGAAGGCCCGGGAGGCCCACAAGCUGCGGUGCAUCGACCUUACGGAGGACGCUGCAAGGACCUGCCGCCUGGAGGGCGUGGCCUUCCUGAGCCAUCAGUGGGCAGGCUUCGACCAUCCGGACCCGGAGGGCAUUCAGUAUAGGACGAUGGUGAAGUCGGUGCAGGAGGUGGUGGCCAGGGGCAUUCAGUGCAGCUGGAUCUGGGUAGAUUACUGUUCGAUUCCACAGGGGAACGCCUGCCAGCAGCAAACUGCGAUCAACUCUUUGUCGGUCUAUGCCUCCUACUGCUCCGUGUUUUUGUCGGUGGUGCCUCCCUGCAAGCAUGCAGACAACGGACAGGACCUCGACAUCCACAGCUAUAGCUCACGCGCUUGGUGCCGCUUGGAGUCCCUCAGCUACAGCACCUGCAGCUUUGACCAGGAUCGGCGUGCCGCCUUCGUGUGCACCGAGGAUGGCAUCAGCGAUGAUUGGGAGGGCAUGAUCAACACCAAGUCCGUGUUGGAUGUGCUUGGUGGCGCCUUUAGCUGCUGCGCGCGCAGCCAUCCGGACGGACAACCCUGCGACAAGCAGAAGAUUGUGGGCGUGAUGAUGGCCAUCUACUGGCGGCUUUUGGCCACCUGCCGGGACACUCCUCAGCGGGCGGAGAGGGCCACUGAGCUGCUUCAGCUGGUGCAGAAAGACGAGAGCAGGUACUUUCCCGCUACGACCGCUUACUGCAGCGGAAGCUCUUGCAGAGACGUGGAGCUUUUUGACGGGUUCUUGCCGGUCCUGCGCGAAAUGUUUUUGCGCGACACGGCCACGGAGCGCGAGCAUCGGGUGGUCGUGGCAGGCGUCAAUGAGAGUUUGAAGUGCUUGGAAAAGGCGCAGGAGGAUGAGAUCGACCUGGAUUUUCAGAGCCUGUGAUGGUGCCAUACGUGCACGUGAGCCAAACAACCCCUCCAUAUCACGACGUACUCCUCUGUUCAUUGGGGAACAAAAUGAGUCGUCGAGCACCUCAAUGUAAAGCUGCCCCGCAGGCCAUGAUCAACUCAUAGCCUUUUUUGCGGCAUAGCCUUUUGACCCAGGAUUCAUCACCUUUGGAGGGGAACACCCCCAUAUUAACAAACGGGGGUUUAUUAAUCCUGGGUCAACAUUAGCCUUGCAGUGGAGUGGAAGAGACAUCUCCGCCGCCCAUAGAUCCUGA